AUGGGUGCGGUAGUGAAGUCGACGGUGCAACCGGCGGCGCAGAGGACGCAGAGAGACGCUUCGUACCCUCUGGACGCGCGGGCGUACAAGCUGCUGCACGAGAUAGGCAGCGGCGUGAGCGCCGUCGUGUAUAAGGCGGCCUGCCUGCCGCUGGACGCCGCCGUGGUGGCCAUCAAGGCCAUCGACCUGGAGCGGUCGCGAGCCAACCUCGACAACGUUCGCCGGGAGGCGAAGGCCAUGGCCCUCCUCUCUCAUCCGAACGUCCUCACUGCCCACUGCUCCUUCACCGUCGGCAGCCACCUCUGGGUGGUGAUGCCGUUCAUGGCCGCGGGCUCUCUCCACUCCAUCAUCUCCUCUUCCUUCCCCGACGGCCUCCCCGAGCCGUCUAUUGCCGUCGUCCUUCGGGAGACCCUUCAGGUGCGGCCACGAUUACUCACAAUCAGGAUCGAGCUAAAAGCGCCAUUUGCGUAAAAAUUUAUUAUCUGUUUAAAGUGUUAUGUUCAAAGAAUUUGAUGUGUUAAACAGAAUUAUUCUGUUGUAGUUGUUAAACCGAUGUGAAUCUCUUUCAUGUUCUAGACUAGAAGAAAGAAAAUCGUCCUUUACAAGUUCCACUUUGUGAGUUCCACAUCAAAUGAUUCAUUAAGAAAAAAAUCGCAAUAUUUUUAAGAAAUGGUGUUCUAUAGAUAAUUAUUUCUUAAAAAACAACCCCAAAAAUAGAAAGUGAUGAUUCUAGCAUCAAUAUUUACACAUCUUCUUCACAAUCAAUGAUAUCAACCGGUGCAAUUUGGGCAAUUUAUGCUAGUGCCUAGGAGAGCCAUGAACAAGGUUGGCCUUCAUCGAAGGUGUGGGCCCACACUUCACAGACGAUUUCCGAACCAUCCUCAGAGUCUGAAUUUUACAGGUCUUGCUUCAGACGAGGCCACUGAGACAGUUACUACCAUCCGAUAAAAGAAUAAUCCAUGACAUUGGAACUUAGCCACCCUUUAAAUUCUAUUGUUUGGUGUGCAGGCGCUCUCGUACCUCCACGACCAGGGCCAUAUCCACCGGGAUAUCAAGGCCGGCAACAUACUCGUCGACUCCGACGGCUCCGUCAAGCUCGCCGACUUCGGAGUAUCCGCCUCCAUCUACGAAUCCCAUGCCUCCUACUCGUCUUCCUCCUCCUCAUCUUCCUGCUUCAGGGAGAUGGCGGGGACGCCCUACUGGAUGGCACCGGAGGUCAUCCACUCCCACGUCGGCUACGGCAUCAAAGCCGACAUCUGGUCCUUCGGGAUCACGGCGCUGGAGCUGGCCCACGGCAGGCCACCGCUCUCCCACCUGUCGCCCUCCAAGUCGCUGCUGAUGCGCGUCACCAGCCGCCUUCGGAUCGAGGACGCCGCUGAGGACGCCGAGGGCAAGAAGAAGAAGAAGAAGAAGUUCUCCAAGGCCUUCAAGGAGAUGGUUACGGCGUGCCUGUCGCAGGUCCCCUCUCGUAGGCCCUCCGCCGACAAGCUCCUCCGCCACCCCUUCUUCAAAGGGUGCAAGCCCACAGACCACCUCGUGAGGAGCGUCCUCCAUGCGGUGCCUUCCUUGGAAGAAAGGUUUGAAGGAGGGGGCUUUGACGAUUCCGACGAGAUCUAUCCGCUGCCACCGUCUUCCCUCGUCAAGAGCCGCCGCAUAAGCGGGUGGAACUUCAACGAAGACGUCUUCGAGCUGGACCCGGUCUACCCCGCCGAAGAAAGCCGCGAGAACGGAGAAGGGCAGGCCCUCUGCAAAACCGGCGACCCCUCCGCUCCGCCUCAGUUGGAAGUAAAGGAGUCUCUGGUUCCCAGCCUCGUUUCUCUGUUGGGCAGCUUGGAUUUUCAGAGGGGGAUGGUGAUGGACAUCCUCGCGACCUGCGGCGGCGCCGACGGCCGAGCGGAGGUCGCAGCGGAGGUCGCAGCGGAGGAGAAGAGGGGGCAGCAGCUGGCGGGGCUCGUCCAAUCCCUGGAACAGACGGUGCAGGAGAUGAACGACCAGCUGCACAGGGAGAUGACCCGGAACGCCGAGCUGGAGGAAGCCGUGGACAGGUUGAGAGGGAAAGACAACGUUCCCCUGCCCUAG